AUGCCCAACAAAGCUCAAGAGGAUGCUGUAAUUAACCUGAAGACACUGCAGGAGAUUUCCAGUCAGCUUGGCUUUGAGUGGACAGUCUUGGCGUAUGAGCUCGGCUUCAGCAGAGGUGACAUAGGCCGGUUCCACACCAGAUCUACAGAGAAGAGUGUCCAGGCCAGGACCAUGUUGGAAAGCUGGUAUGAGAAGUCAUGGGACAAGCCCAAUAAGACCAAGCUCCUGCAAGAUGGACUGGAGCGAGCGGGCAGACGGGAUCUGGCUGAGAGGCUGCGCUGCCUCCACUGGGGCCACCAGAAGCUGAGCCGCAGGGUGGAGCUGCCCUCUGCUUUCCCCUUUCUCAUCACCGUCCACAAGACCAUCCACAACCAAGACGCACUGCGCAGGAUCAAUGACCUCAACCGCAGAUACACUUGAGGUUGUGUGAAAAUGCAAAAAAAAUUAAAUAGCUGUGCCUACACCCAUAGUUCUGAUUUUACAAGGCUAUACUGCACAUUGUAAGUAAUCUGAAAUAUACAGACUGAAUGUCACUGAAAUUAAAGCUUUGCAAUAAAGAUGAAAAGCUCAUCUAUAGGACACAUCUCAAAUUUCUAUCAUUUAAUUAAAUGCAAUUUUGCCACUGAAAUCUUUCUUGUUUUGUCCAAGGGACAGUACAAAAGCAAAAGCUAAUCUUAUCUUCAGUGAUGUAAAAAAUAAAUCCUUGCAUUUGAGAAGCUGCAAUCAAGGAAUGCUGGAUAUUUGUCAAGAUACAUGACAGGAAUGAUCAAUUAAUUAUCAAAAUCAUUGCUGAGUAAAUUACAUUAAUCAUUUUAGUCCUGUUUCUAAAAGUAGUGGGCGCAGAGGAGUCAGCUGGGUUCAAAAAGCUCACAUUAUAGAAUCUGAGGCAGAAUCAACUUUUCUGGCAAAGCAUGAUGACAUAUAACAAGGAAUUCACUAGCUACCAAUGUACUUACACAAAAUACCAUG